AUGACACUUCCUUCUGACUUCGAUUCCCGACUUCUUCGCCGCCUGGUAGGGACUAAGGUCGCCACCUUUUAUGAGUCCGACACCCUGCAACAGCCGUAUGAUGUCUCUUCCUCCGCGUCUGCCAUCUCUCCCUCUGCUCCCCCUCCUGGAGUCUCCCCUCCAGCCUCUACCAUUCCCUUCUCUGGUUCGCCCCCUCCAGGGAUAGGCCGCUCGUGGAUCAUCAUAGAAAAGCUCUCGGAGAAGGCUGUUCAUCUCACACAGGAAUAUGUUGACAUGGGCGUUGGAUCUCCUAUGACAGUUGGCAAAUUUCUGUGUCACGCAGAGGAGGACCCGACGCAGAUAGCGUUUAUGCGAAUAUAUUAUCAGAUUCCUAUCACUGGGACGGAGGAUGCUGAUCUGGCUACACUAGCCCAACAAAUCCAACCUCCUAGGGUGUGUGGUGAACUAGAGGCGUUUAAGCUAUUGAUGAGUCAAGGCUGUAGCUCUGUUCCACAUUUCCUUGGUUACUCCGAAAAAGCGCAAGGGGAACAUGAUCUCGUUCCUGGUGGCUUUAUCAAAUACCUCGUAUGGGAAAAGGUGCCUGGGGAAUCUCUUACAGAGGAAUUCUUCUGGAGCUUGGAUCCCCUUGUACGAGAGGAUAUCCGUGCCAAAUUUCGUGUUGCCUUUGAGGAGAUGCUGCGUUGCGGUGUGAAACCACAGGAUCUCGAAGAUCAUCUAUGA